AUGGCCGACAUCACUCCGUUCAAGAUUCAUGUCCCCGACAGCCUAUUGGAAGAGGUGAAGAUCAAGCUCAAAUAUGCUCGACUAGACGAUGGAAUGGCAAAUGUCGACUGGAACGACUUGGAGAUCGGCCAUUCAGCAUUCAAAGAGGUUGUCGAGUUUUGGCGCGACAAAUACGACUGGCGAGAAUAUGAGACGUUCCUGAACACUUUCAACCACUUCAAGGCGCCCAUACAAGUCGAUGGCUUCGAGCCUCUGGAUAUUCAUUUCUUGCACCAUCAAUCAUCGCGACAAGAUGCGAUACCACUUAUUUUUGUUCAUGGCUGGCCUGGAUCUUUCCUUGAGGCGACCAAGCUUCUUCCGUUUCUAGUUGACCCUCCAGAAGGCAAGCAAGCUUUUCAUGUUGUUGCGCCAUCAAUUCCCGGCUACGGCUUCAGUCAAUACUCUAAAAAGUCCGGUUUUGGACUGGAACAGCAUGCUACGUGUUUUGCGCUGUUGAUGAAGAAGCUCGGAUACGAGAAAUAUGUGUGCCAGGGAGGUGACUGGGGGUCGUCUAUAGUGAGAUAUAUGGCACUGAACCAUCCCGACGCCGUGCAAGCCAUCCACAUUAAUAUGUUCUUGGCGUUACCCCCAGAUUCCAAGAAAGCCCCAGAGAAAUUCGCUCGUUACCAGAAAAAUGACUACAGCAAUAGAGAGGUGAAGAACCUUGAGCGAACUAGUUGGUUUGCGACAGAAGACCGUGGCUACCAACGCAUCCAGGAAACAAAACCUGUGACACUGGGCUACGCCUUACACGAUUCUCCGGUUGGUAUGCUUGCCUGGUUUGUUGGUAAGCUGAAGGCUUGGACAGACGAAUACCCCUGGACAAAGAAAGAGCUUAUUCACUGGGCCUUCAUUCACUACCAGGGUAGUCCAAGCGCUGCCAUGCAAAUCUACAAGGAGGCAGAGGCUGUUCUGAACAAUAAUCCGGACAGCAUGUUAGGGAGGUAUAUCUCUCAACCCGUGGGGGGGUCUCUAUUCCCUAAAGAGCUUUGGAUGUAUCCUCGUGACUGGCUAUCAGAGACAUGUAACAUUCAAUUUUGGAGACAGCAUCAAAAAGGUGGACAUUUCAUUGCUUGGGAACGGCCAGAGACGCUUGCGGAUGACGUCUCUGAGUUUUACGGCAAAUCUGGACCUGUAUUUGGGUCAAACCCUUAA